CUCGCGCCUCGCCGGCGCACAGCGCUCGGAGCGCUCCUGCGGGUUCCGUUGCGGGGCGCUCGGCCGCGGGUGGCGCCGAACGGGGAGCCGGAGCGCCGGGGCAGCCUCUGCGUGCCGAGGACUCGGGCUGCGCAGGGAGCUGGGCCGCAGCGUCGGGACUGGACGGAGACCGUGCUUAGCGCAUUGCGGCGACCUCGCCUCUCCCGGCCGCGAGCGCGCGCCGCAGCUGGAAGGAGCCGCGGAGACCGAGGACUUUUCUCCGGUCCCAGGGGCGCACCACAGCAGUGCUGCAGUCAGUGCACGCCGGGGCCCCGGGAGAGGCGAUGGAAGCCGGGCUGCCAGAAGCGUGAGGCACAGCCGCCGCCGCCGCCGCCGCCGCGUCCUGGAGAGCUGGGGGCGCAGGACCUGGGGACCCCCGGCGGCGGACCCGAGCCCUCCCGCCCGCCCCGCCUCCGGGGCACCAGCUCCGGCUCCAUUGUUCCCGCCCGGGCUGGAGGCGCCCGGCUCCGAGCGCCGCCGGGAGUCUUGGCUCGGCCCCGGAGCCCUCGCGACCCCGCCGGGACCUGAACGGAGCCCGGGGACGAGCGGCCGGGGCGCGGGACACGGACACCCGCCGCGCCACCGCGAGCUCUCCAGAGGCGGGACCGCAGCGCCGAGGGAGAGUCAGCUUGCAAAGGCAGAUCCGGCGAAGGUGGAGUAUCCAUGGAGGUGUGGAGCCUUGUCACCAACCUCUAACCGCAGAACUGGGAUGUGGGGCUGGAGGUGCCUCCUCUUCUGGGCUGUGCUGGUCACAGCCACACUCUGCACUGCCAGGCCAGCCCCGACCUUGCCGGAACAAGCCCAGCCCUGGGGAGUUCCUGUGGAAGUGGAGUCUCUCCUGGUCCACCCUGGUGACCCGCUACAGCUUCGCUGUCGGCUUCGCGAUGACGUGCAGAGCAUCAACUGGCUGCGGGACGGGGUGCAGCUGGCGGAGAGCAACCGCACCCGCAUCACGGGGGAGGAGGUGGAGGUGCGGGAUUCCAUCCCCGCUGACUCUGGCCUCUACGCUUGUGUGACCAGCAGCCCCUCUGGCAGCGACACCACCUACUUCUCCGUCAAUGUCUCAGAUUCGCUCCCCUCCUCGGAGGAUGACGAUGAUGACGACGACUCCUCUUCGGAGGAGAAAGAGACAGACAACACCAAACCAAACCGUAGGCCUGUAGCUCCGUACUGGACAUCCCCAGAAAAGAUGGAAAAGAAACUGCAUGCGGUGCCGGCUGCCAAGACGGUGAAGUUCAAAUGCCCGUCCAGUGGGACACCCAACCCCACUUUGCGCUGGUUGAAAAAUGGCAAAGAAUUCAAACCUGACCACCGGAUUGGAGGCUACAAGGUCCGUUACGCUACCUGGAGCAUCAUAAUGGACUCCGUGGUGCCUUCUGACAAGGGCAACUACACGUGCAUAGUGGAGAAUGAGUAUGGCAGCAUUAACCACACCUACCAGCUUGAUGUUGUGGAGCGGUCUCCUCACCGGCCCAUCCUUCAGGCAGGGUUACCUGCCAACAAGACUGUGGCCUUGGGCAGCAACGUGGAGUUCAUGUGUAAGGUGUACAGCGACCCACAGCCUCACAUCCAGUGGCUGAAGCACAUCGAGGUGAACGGAAGUAAGAUUGGGCCAGACAACCUGCCGUACGUCCAGAUCCUGAAGACUGCUGGAGUUAAUACCACCGACAAGGAAAUGGAGGUGCUUCAUCUGCGGAAUGUCUCCUUUGAGGAUGCGGGGGAGUAUACGUGCUUGGCGGGUAACUCUAUCGGACUCUCCCAUCACUCUGCAUGGUUGACCGUUCUGGAAGCCCUGGAAGAGAGACCGGCCGUGAUGACGUCACCGCUCUACCUGGAGAUCAUUAUCUAUUGCACCGGGGCCUUCCUGAUCUCCUGCAUGGUGGGCUCUGUCAUCAUCUACAAGAUGCGGAGCGGCACCAAGAAGAGCGACUUCCAUAGCCAGAUGGCCGUGCACAAGCUGGCCAAGAGCAUCCCUCUGCGCAGACAGGUGUCAGCUGACUCCAGUGCAUCCAUGAACUCUGGGGUUCUCCUGGUUCGGCCUUCGAGACUGUCCUCCAGCGGGACCCCCAUGCUCGCUGGAGUUUCUGAGUAUGAACUUCCUGAAGAUCCGCGCUGGGAGCUGCCUCGAGACAGACUGGUCUUAGGCAAGCCCCUUGGAGAGGGCUGCUUUGGGCAGGUGGUAUUGGCAGAGGCCAUCGGGCUGGACAAAGACAAACCCAACCGCGUGACCAAAGUGGCCGUGAAGAUGCUGAAGUCUGACGCAACGGAGAAGGACUUGUCAGAUCUGAUCUCAGAGAUGGAGAUGAUGAAGAUGAUUGGGAAGCACAAGAAUAUCAUCAACCUGCUGGGAGCCUGCACACAGGAUGGUCCUCUUUACGUCAUCGUAGAGUAUGCCUCCAAAGGCAACCUUCGGGAGUACCUGCAGGCCCGGAGGCCUCCUGGGCUGGAAUAUUGCUACAACCCCAGCCACAAUCCUGAGGAACAGCUGUCUUCCAAAGAUCUGGUGUCCUGUGCCUAUCAGGUGGCCCGGGGCAUGGAGUAUCUUGCCUCUAAGAAGUGCAUACACCGAGACCUGGCUGCUAGGAAUGUCCUGGUGACCGAGGACAAUGUAAUGAAGAUCGCAGACUUCGGCCUGGCUCGGGACAUUCACCAUAUCGACUACUACAAGAAAACCACCAACGGCCGGCUGCCUGUGAAAUGGAUGGCACCUGAGGCAUUGUUUGACCGGAUCUACACCCACCAGAGUGAUGUGUGGUCUUUUGGGGUGCUCUUGUGGGAGAUUUUCACUCUGGGUGGCUCCCCGUACCCUGGCGUGCCCGUGGAAGAACUUUUUAAGCUGCUGAAGGAGGGUCACCGAAUGGAUAAGCCCAGCAACUGCACUAAUGAGCUGUACAUGAUGAUGCGGGAUUGCUGGCAUGCAGUGCCCUCGCAGAGGCCUACUUUCAAGCAGCUGGUGGAAGACCUGGACCGCAUUGUGGCCUUGACCUCCAACCAGGAGUAUCUGGACCUGUCGAUGCCGCUGGACCAGUACUCCCCCAGCUUUCCUGACACACGGAGCUCCACCUGCUCUUCAGGGGAGGACUCUGUCUUCUCUCAUGAGCCGUUACCUGAGGAACCCUGUCUGCCCCGACACCCGACCACCCAGCUUGCCAAUGGAGGACUCAAACGGCGCUGACUACCAACCUUCUCCCGAUUUCGUCGUCACCCCGUGUCCCUCGUCCACAGUUCCCUGCUGGACACACUGCCUUUCUCCUUUGCUGCUGGCAAGAGCCAGUGCCUAACUGAGGCCUUCCUGUGUGGCCGACCCCACCAUCACCCCUUGGCACCCCUCUUCCUCUUCUUAGCCUGCUGUGUGUGAGAGGAGCCAAGAGGCAGGUGCUUGAUGGUAGCCACUUCCUCCUUCCCAAGUGUUGGACCAAGACCCACCCUGCUGCCUGGCACUGCUUCGAGGUCUGGGGAGUGGAAGCAAGUGGAACGGGUGUGCAAGCAGGAGCUUACUGAGUGUUCUUGUUGGCCCAUUAGCCCCUUGUGAUCUGGUGGCAGGGGCCUUGGGCCUGCUGAAGCAGUGAGCUUUCUGGUCAGGCCUUAACCGAAGGCGACCUCUGCUGCAGAUGGAUGGUACCGGUGGCUUCUUAAUUCCAAUAUUAAUUUGCUUUGCUGACCAAAUACCUGGUACCAGAAGGCAGGGAGGCCGAGAUUGGGAGCAGUGAUGCCCUUGGGCUGAGCCCUGGACUCGGGGCUCUGUAUAUAGCUAUGAAGAAAACACAAAGUGUAUAAAUCUGAGUAUAUAUUUACAUGUCUUUUUAAAAGGGUCCUUACUAGAGAUUUACCCAUUGGGUGAGAUGCUCCUGGUGGCUGGGACGCAUCAGUCGCUAUAUAUUAAAAACAAAAACAAAAAAAAGGAAAAUGUUUUUUAAAAGGUCAUAUAUUUUUUGCUACUUUUGCUGUUUUAUUUUUUUAAAUUAUGUUUUAAACCUAUUUUCAGUUUAGGUCCCUCAAUAAAAAAAUUGCUGCUGCUUCAUUUUUAUCCUGGGUGUGUGACAAGGGAGCAGGUAUCCACAGCAAAGGAAGGAGACAGGGACUGAGGGGUCAUGACUGUUGGCCCUGCGUGCUUUAUUCCCUCAUGACCUCUUCCUUCUGCAUCAUGCGUGAAGACCUCCCAGACAACCCUUCUAUCUCUGAUGCUUUGGGAAAGAAGAUAGGUACUGAAGGCCGAAGGCCAACAACCACAGGCUUGAUUGUUUUCCUCAGGAUGAGACUAGCCAGAGAAUAGAACUGAACAUAACCCCAGACGCCGUGCGAGGGAGCCUGUGCAUCUGUGACAGAAAAUUUGUCACCCAAAGCUAGUUCUGCAUUCAGGUGUUUUGACUUUCCCAACUGACUUUUUUAUUUUCCUCUCCCAUGUGUCUCUUCCUCCCUGGGUCCCUGUUAACCAGGUUGCAUCUGCUUGGCUUCCUGUAGUUUUUCCUUCCUAUAGUUUUUCCAUCCCUCCAGGAAAGGGAAAACUCAUCUCUUUGGUUUAAGUCUGCUUGGAAACUUACUUCUGCCACCUGCUGGUUGUUAGCGGUACCUUAGUAUCUUAUUCAAACCAGCGUCACUCUGUCCUUAGUGCUUUUUCCUGGGUCGCUGCUGAAUAACAAACAGUUCAAUAAGCUUGCAUCCUGUAGGGGUUAGGCUGCUACUUUAAAUAUGUUCUGAACUGGGCAGCUUUUGUAGCUGUGGUUCGGGUCAUCAUCCUAGAGUUCUUACCACUGUUUGUCUCUGUGCACAUGUAACUAACUAACUGUCCAACAAAAUAUUACAAGUGGUUUUUAUGCUGAAAGAAAGCAUAAUUUGGCAAAGAGGGCCAGGAAAUGAAUUUUAGCUCAAACUCAUUUGCUUGGAGACCAUAUCAUAGUGUCUGUCUUUGUUAAAAUAGUGACCAGAAUUUCUCCCUCAGCUCUGCUUGACUCAGUAUUGUGUGGAUGGAUGGGAGAGUCUAUAAGGGAUGUAUAUGACUUGAGGAAAGGGACUAGGAACUAUACAGCACUGAAGUUCUUGCUGUUACUAUUCAAAUUGCCCACAAAUAUCCCCAGAGACAGGGACGGCUAUCAAAUAAAAGACAGUGAAAUUGA